AUGCCGUCUGCUCCGCGUGUGUUGAGCCUGCUUUUGUGGGCGGCGGGUUGUGCCUCACAAGUCUCCGCGCAAAAGACCCCAAGCCAGUGUUCACUCGAGAGCGUGAGCGCCCUCCUUACACCAGAAAACCAAGCCGAGGUCUUGACGACUUUACAAUUAGGUGACAAUGGCACCUUUGGGGAGGCGGGCAACAUCGCCUACCCCCAAAACGCGACGCACCUUCCGCCCCUCUGCGUCGUCUCUAUCAACGUCACGUCCUCGCCGACAUCGUCCUACACAUUUGGUCUAUUCCUACCAGAUGAGUGGAAUGAUAGGUUCCUCGCGGUCGGUAACGGGGGGUUCUCGGGGGGUAUCAACUGGUACGCCAUGGGCACCGGCGUCAAAUACGGCUUCGCGACAAUGUCGACUUCCACAGGCCACAACUCGUCGAACCAGGACAUGGGCUGGGCGCUCAACAACCCCGAGACAAAGGCCGACUGGGCAGGGCGCAGUCUCCAUGGUUCGACCGUCGUCGCGAAGCAGAUUGUUGAGGGAUACUACGGCGCCGCGGCCAACAGGUCGUAUUAUUCCGGUUGCUCCACAGGUGGCCGGCAGGGCGUGAAGUCGGCGCAGGACCACCCAGAGGACUUUGACGGGAUCCUUGCCGGCGCGCCGGCGUGGAUGUCUACGAGCCAGCAGCUGUGGCAGCUCAAAGUCGGGGCUGUGAAUCUGCCCGAGGACGGGCCCGGGUACCUCCCGCCCGCCGUGUUUGACGCCAUCAGCGACGAGGUUCUGCGGCAGUGCGACGGGUCUGACGGUGUCGUCGACGGCGUAGUGAUGAACCCUACGCACUGCAACUUCCGGCCUGAGAAGAUGCUCUGCAACACCGGCGCGAGCUCGAACCGCAGCACUACGUGUCUGACGGCGCCGCAGAUCGCGACACUGAAGCAGCUGUACCGCCCGCUCAUCCAGCUCGACGCCGACGUUCACAAUUUGACGUACGUCUACCCCAGCUUUGGCCUCGGCUCCGAGAAGCAGAUGCCGUCGUCGUUCGGAUCGAACAACGAGCCCAGCCUCUACGGGACAGAGUACGCCAAGAAUUACCUCUUUGAAGACCCGUCGUGGGACUGGACGACGCAGUUCGGCUACUCUACUUUCGUCGAGGCCGCGCGGCUGAACCCGGGCAACGUGAACGCGGACAAUUUUGAUCUCUCUUCGUUCUAUGAGAGAGGCGGGAAACUGGUGCAGUACCACGGCUAUGCGGACGGUUUGAUCCCGACGGACGUGAGCCGCGUGUUAUACGACGAGACGUGGGCGGCCAUGGCGGCGCGGGGGGUCGACCUGGACGAGUUUUGGAGGCUGUUCUUUGUGCCUGGGAUGCAGCACUGUUCGGGCGGGGUGUACGAUGCGCCGUGGUACUUUGGUGGCAGCGGGCACGCUGCGGCGCUGGAGGGGAACGGGCAGCAUGUGUUCCCUGUGCCUGGCGUGGAUGAUGCGAGGUACGAUGUGUUGCUUGCGCUUGUUGAGUGGGUCGAGGGUGGCGGAGAGGGCGUGAGGGAGAUUAUUGCGACCAAGUUUGCUAAUGAUACUGUUGACAAGGGGCGGCCGUCGCAAAUCCGACGGAUGCUGGAGGACGAUGACAUGUCAGUGGAUGACGUGCCAGAAGACGAGGGUCAAGGGUCUCCUCGCCAGACAUACAACUUCGCGCCAGGCUAUCACGGCGUCGUCUAUCGCGCCGAUGUCCCGGACCGUGGCGCGGGCCAUGGCCGUCAUCAAGGGAACAGCCAACAGGAUGGUGCCGCCUCAAGCCAGUCUCAAAGCAACGAUGGCAGCGACAGCUCGGUCAAGUACAAGUUGCAGUCGAUGCAGUGGGGUUUGAUUCCAUUUUGGACGAAGCGCGAUCCCGGCUACGCCACGCUCUCCAAGACGAUCAACUGCCGCGACGACUCUCUGAGCACGCCUGGCGGUAUGUGGUCGACCAUGAAGGCGGGGAAACGGUGUAUCGUCGUCGCUCAGGGGUUCUAUGAGUGGUUGAAGAAUGGAAAGGAGAAGACGCCCCAUUUUGUCAAGAGGAAGGACGGGCAGCUCAUGUGUUUUGCUGGGCUGUGGGAUUGUGCACAGUAUGAAGAUGCCCAAGAGAAGCGAUAUACCUACACCAUCAUCACGACAGACUCCAACAAGCAGCUCAAGUUCCUCCACGACAGGAUGCCAGUCAUCCUCGACCCGGGCUCCAAAGAGCUCAAGACGUGGCUGGACCCGAAGCGGCACGAAUGGUCCAAGGAGCUGCAGGACCUCUUGAAGCCAUUCGACGGCGAGCUCGAAUGCUACGCCGUCACCAAAGAGGUCGGCAAGGUUGGCAACAACUCACCCUCAUUCAUCAUCCCCGUCGCGAGUAAGGAGAACAAACACAACAUUGCAAACUUUUUCGCCAAUGCUUCUGCCAAGCAAAAGCCCAAGGAGGCCACGAAGCUCGAGCCUACUAUCGAGACAAAAGAAGAGCUCAAGGAGUCACAAGUUGGACAGAGCCAGCCGGUGCCGGAAGUCAUCGCCAAGGCGGCUGAUAAGGAGGGCAGCCAGCAGGAAGCGGGGGUCAAGCGGGAGGCACCUGACGCUGGUGAAGAUGCAGAAGAGGAGCCGCCUAGGAAGACUUCGAGGGUUUCGCCUGUGAAGGGACGGCAGAGCAGGAUCAACCCAACGAGUAAUGGGAGUAAGAGUCCUGUGAAGUCGAAACAGGGCGGCACACAGAAGAUCACAAAGUUCUUUGCCAACAGCUCUUGA